AUGGCCCAAAACAAGGUUCUCUUUGCCUUCGUCUUUCUUCUUCUAGCCUUCUCUCCAAAACUCCAGUCCACUCAAGCUAGGCAGUUGAAGCUCACCACGCAAAAGCAACACCCAUUUUCAAACAAGCUUCAAAAUGUGCAUGAACUCCUAGAAAAGGAACCAAGGAAAACCAUAACCGAGCAGAGCAAAAACUUGCAUGGUGAAAUUUUAAACAAAGCCACGAACACUGAUAUAUCCGCCACUCAGCUGCCGCCGCCACCAAGUGCGAUGGUGGUGGGAACAACGCUGCCGCCAACUCCCGACCACAGCUUAGAUGACUUCAGGCCCACGGAUCCUGGCCACAGCCCCGGGGUUGGCCAUCCGCUGCAGAACUAG